CUCUCACUAAUCUCACCUCAUUUCUAUUCUAUUACUCAUCAGAAACACACAUAGACAAUGUUCUGUUUUGUACUGUGAGCAGAAAGAGAGAGUAGAAAACAAAGGAACAUUUGGCAGAGUAUUUCUUUUGUUCCCUCUGCUUGGCCUUAUCUGUUUCUCCGUAUCUGAAAGUUUCUGUCUUUUUUUUCUUGGAUUUGUGAGGUUUAUCAGUGACAUUUCCCUGAAUUAUUUUCUUCUGAAGGAUUCCUUCCUACACAAGGACUCUCGUUUGUUCUGUAACAAACAGAGCUUUUUUUUUUUUUGUUAGUGCGAGAUAACUCAGGAAAAGGGUUCGUCUCUUUUCUCGCCUCCGGGAGGGAAUAUAUAAGCAGCUGUAAUUAGCUGGAGGGCAAUGGCGUUCUCACAUUGAGCUUUGCCUAAGGCCAAUUUUAUUGGAAUCUAAAUUGAUAAAAAAUCUCAGCUUUUUUUGGAACUAUAUGAUAACAUGGAAAGUGGGUCAUUCUCGUUAUGGUGGUUGCUUGUUGAUGGAUAUUUAACGAAAGCUUGAAGUUAUUCCAAAACUAGUGUUUACUGGAAACAACAAGGAGAGUAUAUAAUACUGUAAAGUUUCAGAGCCAAGAAGAUAACAAAGAGUUAGUAUUCAUGGCUGCGAAGCUUUUGCAUACAUUGGCAGAUGAAAACUCGGAUCUACAGAAGAAAAUUGGAUGUAUGAAUGGGAUUUUCCAACUCUUUGAUCGUCACCAUGUUCUCACAAACCGGCGAAAAAGUCUUACUUUAGGUAAUAUCAACUUUGAAAGAGACUCUGCAUUGCAGAUUCAAGACUCCAACAUUAUCAACAUCGGAAAUGAGACAAGCGAGAAACUAAGAAGGGUAUCAACCGAAUCUUCCAGAGUUUCCUUCUCAUCCUCAUGUUCAUCAUCUUCCCCACUGUCUUCUGAUCCCAACAAAGAAACUCAACCUGAGAUUUCACCGUAUGACCACCGGGUCAUUUUUCAAGAAUCUCCAGCGAUGAGCCAAGGAAGCGGGUUGGGACUUGACCUUAGAGAUGUUGUUAGAGACUCCAUGUACAGAGAAGCUAGAGGACUUUCCGAAGUAUCCAGACACAACAAGAGAAGAGAUGAUUCUCCAAGACCACCCUAUGGUUUGAAGCAAUCCACUCCUGUUGAUUUCAAUGAAUCCUGCAAAGCUCUAGCCAAACUCAACACUUCUCAGUAUUAUUACAAUGAGGUUGACUUGAAAGAUGCGUCCCGUUACUAUGUUGAUUCUCACAAGAGGUCUAAAUCCAAGAAGAAGGUGAAAGAGUCUCCUAAGCUUUCUUUGGAGAGUAGAGACCACCUUGGUCUCAAGUCAGGCAAUAACAAUAAGCUUGUUGAGAGUUUCAGUAGAAGCUCUAGCGUGAACAAACGGCCUCCUAGUGUUGUUGCAAAGCUAAUGGGGUUGGAGACGUUACCUGGUUCUCCACUGAGAAGAGACAAACUCAACAGUGAUCCGUUCUCAAGGUCAUUGAGGGAGAAUAGCAUGAACCGGACUAUCCGGUUAUCUCCUAGCUCACCAAGAAGCUUAGGGAAGGACCUAGCUUCUUCUUCAUCACCAAGAUGGAGAAGGUCUGAGUUUGUUAUUAAACCUUUAUCAAGUUUGAGGUUUCCCAUUGAACCAGCUCCAUGGAAGAAGCAACAGAAGCAAGCCUGCAGGCCUCUGUUGAAAGAUCUAGAGUUUAAGCAUUCGGUAAAGGAUCUGAGAGCUAUUAAUGAAAUAGUAGAGGCAAUGCAAACAAAAAGCGUCAAGCAGCAAGAAUGUUCAACAAGCUCAAGAGGCUUGGAAAGCCAUGUGAUGCCAUCAUCCACUAUGAGAGGAGGACCAAUUGUGAUUAUGAAGCCUGCCAGACUUGUUGGUGUUCCUUCACCAUCUCUGAUUCCCAUUCACAGUCUUAAUAGAGAAGAAGGGUCUGUGAAUGUUAAAAGAAACUUGAGAUCUUCUCAGGUCACUACAAAGAGUGCAAGUCCAAGAUUGAGUCAUAUGAAGAAGCAUGAGAAUGAGAAGUACUCUAGGCCACCACCUAUACCAUCUGAUUCAAGCAAAUCAAGAAGACAAACAAACCGAAAACUCGAAGAAUCUGCUACUUCUCCUGGUGGUAGUAGGCGUAGUAGACAAGGUUCUCAGAGGAGAUUGAUGCAGCAAAAGGAUGGCCAAGCAGGUGGUGGAAAGAGCUCAUCUGUGAUAGAGACAGCUAAAACAGUAGUCUCUAACUUAAUGCAGAACGCUAGUCAAAAGUCUAGUGGAGAUGGAUCAUCGGAACAUCCAAGUCCAGUGUCUGUUCUCAACGCAUCAAUCUACAGAGACAUCAAACCAUCUCAAGCUAGUGAAGGCACCAAGACUGAUGAAGAAGACGAGUGGAAUCCAGCUUACAGCUUCUCAAAGACAACAACCACCUUGUCUCCAGAGGUAAACAGAAAGAAGCUUCAGAACGUGGAGCAUUUGGUUCAGAAGCUGAAAAGAUUAAACUCUAGCCAUGACGAAGCAAGCCAAGACUACGUUGCAUCGCUAUGCGAGAACAGUGGUGCUGACACUGAUCACAGAUACAUAUCCGAGAUUCUGUUAGCCUCUGGUCUUCUCCUGAGAGACUUAGCCUCAGAGUCAACUACGUUUCAGCUCCACUCUUCAGGUCAUCCUAUUAACCCUGAGCUGUUUCUCGUUCUUGAGCAAACUAAAGGAAGCAGUGGUGGCGGCAAUGAGAAGAAGCUCAACCGCAAGGUUGUGUUCGACGCUGUUAAUGAGAUGCUUGUGAAGAAGUUAGCUAUUGUUGAUGUAGAGCCAUGGCUGAAGCGAGGUAAAGGGAUGAAGAGGAGGGUGUUUAGUGCGCAACAACUCUUGAAAGAGCUGUGUUCAGAGAUAGAAACAAUGCAAAAGGAAGCCAAGAGGAGAUCAGAUAACUUGUUCUUGUUGGGGGAACAAGAAGAGGACUUCUUGAAAUGUAUAUUGGAUGAAGAUAUGGAGAUGCGGUCUGAGAAAUGGACGGAGUUUGAUGAUGUAGUCCCGGGUAUAGUGCUUCACUUGGAGAGGCUUCUCUUCAAGGACCUGGUGAGUGAGGUCGUGCAUGGUGAGAUUGAUCGGCUGCAACCUACUCCAAGCAGACGAGUAGUUAUUACUGAUUCAUAAACUCGUUUUUUAUAUUCUCUGUACUCUAAAGCCGUAUAUAAAUAAUAAUACAAGUCAAAAGUCAUGUAACCAUUCUCUGCAUGUUUGUUCUCUUUUCUUUCUCUUCGAUGUUUGGUGAUAAAUAAAUAUUGUGCUCGUUAUAUCA